AGUCUUGCUUGCUCUCUCCCCUCCCCCCAGGUGUUUGGAUAUGGAUGGGGUGGGAAAGGGAGGAAAGCGCAGCGUUUAGGCUGAGAGAGAGAGAGGGAGAGAGAAGCAGGCGGAGGGGGAGGAAGGCUAUAGGAGCGCAGCGCAAAGCGAGCUCGGCGUCCAAAGCCUUUUAACUCCCCUCGCUCUCCUUCUUCCUCCUCCUCCUCCUGUUCUUCCUCUCUUUUCUCUCUUCCUGCUCUCCUUCCUUUCUUUCCCGGGGUGGAAAGAAAGCCACUAUGCCUCAGCUCUCGGGAGGCGGCGGCGAUCCGGAGCUCUGUGCCACCGACGAGAUGAUCCCCUUCAAAGACGAAGGUGACCCCCAAAAGGAAACCAUCUUCGCCGAGAUCAGCCACCCGGAGGAAGAAGGAGACCUGGCCGACAUCAAGUCUUCGCUGGUCAACGAGUCGGAAACCAUCCCCAGCAGCAACGGGCACGAGGUGUCUAGACAAGGCCAGUCUCAGGAAGUUUAUGAAAAAAGCAGAGAACAUCCUGAAGAAGGCAAACACAUAGAUGGUGUUCUGUACAAUAAAGGACCUUAUUCUGGUUAUUCCGGGUAUAUCAUGAUGCCAAAUAUGAAUAAUGACCCAUAUAUGUCUAAUGGAUCUCUCUCGCCACCAAUUCCUAGAACAUCUAACAAAGUCCCUGUGGUGCAACCUUCCCAUGCAGUCCACCCUCUCACUCCACUCAUCACCUACAGCGAUGAACACUUUUCUCCAGGGACACAUCCUUCACACCUCCCCUCAGACGUCAACACAAAACAAGGCAUGAAUCGGCAUCCUCCAGGUCCUGAUAUUUCCACCUUUUAUCCCUUAUCGCCUGGCAGUGUUGGGCAGAUAACCCCACCACUUGGCUGGUUUUCACAUCAUAUGAUCCCAGGUCCUCCAGGACCCCACACAACUGGAAUCCCUCAUCCUGCAAUUGUAACACCUCAAGUCAAACAAGAACAUCCACACACAGACAGUGACUUAAUGCACGUGAAGCCUCAGCAUGAACAGAGGAAAGAACAAGAGCCCAAAAGACCUCACAUUAAGAAACCUCUGAACGCUUUCAUGUUAUACAUGAAAGAGAUGAGAGCGAAUGUUGUAGCAGAAUGUACUCUGAAAGAAAGUGCAGCCAUCAACCAGAUCCUCGGCAGAAGGUGGCAUGCCUUGUCGCGUGAAGAACAAGCAAAAUAUUACGAACUCGCUCGGAAAGAAAGGCAGCUACACAUGCAACUGUAUCCUGGCUGGUCUGCAAGAGACAACUACGGAAAGAAGAAAAAGAGGAAGAGAGAGAAGCUACAGGAGUCAACAUCAGGUAUAUUUAUGGGUACCGCCCCACGAAUGACAGCUGCCUACAUCUGAAGCAUGGUAAGAAUAUUUAUAUAUACAUCAAU